AGACAUUGAGGAUGGCAGAAGUUGAUCGGAGAUUGGAAGGUCUUGAUGCCGGCGGUGACAUGGAUCACGAUGAAAACAUCACCGAGUUGUGUGGAUUCAAAGCAGCAACGGGUGAAACGCGAACACUGUCGGAGGGAAGAACAGAUGAUUCGCUGCGAAAUGCUGCUCUCUUCCAAGCCAUGAGUGACGUCGCUGCCAUUGCUAACAGCGCCGCGUCGCAGAGAGCAAAGCUGACAAGAACGUCAUUCAAGGAAUACAUAGCAUCGCGCCUCAAGAACUCAGGGCAUACGGCAAUGAGUUCGCCCAUUGUCUUUGUUGUGGUGCAUGCUCUCACGAAAGAACAAGUGACGGAAAACAUUCAGCUGGUGCUCGACGAGGGAGCUACCGGCGUCUUUCUUGUCAAUCACGACUUUGACUACCCAGAGAUGCUGCCGAUUGUGAGGCAGGUGCGAGGACAAUUCCCUAACAUCUUCCUCGGCGUCAACUUUCACACGCUCAACGGAGCUGACGCCUUUCCCAUCCUUGGUCGUCUUUCCCGUGAAGGCAUUAAGAUAGACGCGUACUGGGCCGACAACGCGUGCAUCGAGCACGACCGAGCAGACCAGCCGCAGGCAACUGCGAUCAACCAGGUGAGGCAGAGCUCCGGUUGGGACGGGCUCUACUUCGGAGGCACUGCGUUCAAGAACCCCAAGAACCACGCAAAGCUGUGCAAACCCGUUCCUCCCGAACAUUUCAAGGAUGUGGCUGCAUACGCCAGCCCCUACAUGGACGUUGUGACUACAAGCGGUGCGGAGUCCGGUGUCGCUCCGAACAUGGACAAGGUGCUUCAGAUGCGGGCAGGUUGCGGAGAGACACCUCUUUGCCUUGGGUCUGGUGUGAGCGCCGAGAACAUCAAGAGCUUUGUUGACAACGUUGACUGCUUCUUCGUCGCAACUUCCAUCCAGAAGGACAACCAUUACAUAGACAGAACAAAAUUGCGCGAGUUGUUACAAGCUGUACAAGUGUGAGUAAGUCAUCAAAGAACAUACGUGGGAUGCCAAGCUUUGUGGACCAACAACAGUGACAAGGUUGAGUAGAUAAUCAUGACAAAACGAGGUACGAAAGAUGCAUCAUUAAAGUGUUAAUAUCG